GAUACCGGCAUAGGACACGUGCAGGAGGUGAGGCCGGGCGGGGAGCACCACCAGAGGGCUCCUGCACUUGGUGGCACCGGCGCUCAGGAUCCUGUGGCACGAUUUGCGCAGGAUGCCAUGGACGUGCCCCGUACCAAGGAGAAGGCAGCAGAGCACGUCAUGAAAGCGCAGGAGACUGCCCUGACAGCCCUGCAACAUGGCUACAAGCUAACUGCAGGACAAAAGAAGCUCAUAGAUCGCAUGUCACCAAAGGAGAAAAAGGAAAUGGAACAACGAGUUACGAAGUUACGAGCUAUGCAAGAAAAGGCAUACAUCGAACAGUUACGAGCGAAGAACCAGGUGGUGACACGACCCGAUGGAGGUGAAGAGCUCAUCUCCACCCCUCAGAAGACUGUUCGAUUUCCUAUUUCACUGAAGAAGACGAUGCCAACAGCUUGGCUCCCACAGUAUAAAAUUUUCCAUAACUUGACCCACUACCCAUGGGCAAACCACAGGGCCUGUGCCAACUACAGCAACUCCUUCAGACCACCAAAUUCCUUACCUACCAGAGCUCUUGCCUCUUUCCCAUCUUCUGGCAAUACUUGGAUUAGGUACUUGAUUGAGGGAGCAACAGGCAUCUUUACUGGAUCCCUUUAUGAUGAUAGCUCACUGAUAAGAAAAGGGAUGUAUGGUGAAGGUGUUAUGUACAACUCUGGCAUGACAAUUCUGCAGAAAAGCCAUGGAUACACAACAGGAGAUGCUAUGAAACUACCACAUGAGCAGAGGAUAAACCAGAAUCACAUGGACGAGUUGAGUCAUCAGGGUGUCUUGAUAAUCCGCAAUCCGUUCAAAGCUCUCAUCUCCCACCGGCACUUGGAUGUCGGUGGCCAUACAGGUUAUGCUCCCAAGGCACACUUUGUUGGCAAAGGUUGGGCUGAAUUUGUUUCAUUGAAAAUUCAGCUGUGGAAAGACUUCUAUAUGGACUGGCUGAUGCAUAGCAAACCAGAGGAUAUUCACAUAAUACAUUACGAGCACCUCAAGCAGAACCCAGUAGAAGAAAUGCGAAAAGUAAUUCAGUACUUAAAACUUGUCGAGAACAGUGAUCGUCUCUACUGUCUUGGUCAGCACACUGAUGGCCUUUUUAAGAGGAAGCCAUCCAAAAAUGUGCCCCUAGACCUAAACCCCUAUACCCGCGAACUGAAAGAUCUCAUCUAUGAAGCCAUUGAUGAACUAAAUAAUGUCCUUCAAGAAAAGGGCAAAGAACAGCUACCCCUUGAUAUCUAUGAACUUUAUGAUCGUCAUGAGGCUGAAGUUGCGAAGUACCUUAGAGCACAUUCAAAAGAUAGCUAAUUGUGGUUAAAAGUAACAUACAAAUUUGUUUUUUGUGAUAAUCAUACUGAUAUCUGGAACCAACUCUACAGGAAAAUGUAAGUUGGAAUACAUGUUUUAUUUUGGAAAUCAGAUCUGGAAACAUUCUCAUAGAAAAGCCCAUGAUUUCACAUAUAUAUAUUUUUUUUUCUUUGUUCUAGUAAAGAGAGAAUUUACUUGUUUUAUAUGGAUGAUAAACAUCCAGUUAUAGAUAUAGAAAGGUCAAGAGAGUUUAAUAUGGUUUUCUUACCUCACAUAACCAGCUCAAAAUAGAAUGGUUUCCAGAAAACUUAUUAUUUUCUCAUUAUAUAAGUGACAAUAUCUCCUGGCCAUAAUUCAUAAAUAACUUUUGAAUUACUUGUGCAUUUUCUGCACUCCUGUGUGGAUGAAUCUAUUACUUUGUAAUUAUUUAACUAGUCUAAUUUUUGAAGUAAUACAGUAUGAUUUACUGUUUUACUCCACUAUGAAGGCAUAGUGGUGCUGUCUCUUAGACACACCCUGCAUGAAAAAAAAAUCCUGUUUGAGAAAGUGGGGAAAACAGAAAAAAAAAAGAAAAUGUUUUUUCCAGACAGUGCUUUAAUGUCAGCAAAUCCAGUGAGUUCCAAGAUAUCUUUACCUCCCGUUGUGCUGUGUUACCUCCAGGUGUGUGUGGCACGAACCUACCAAAAGUGCCUUGCCGCGCACCACAAGGGAUGUUGUACUGGCUUGAUGGAUCUUUGUGUGGAUCUACAUUCCAGGCAUUUCCUUUUGAAGUGAUAAAAAUGUACAUAAUUCUAUGAUACUGUACUUUUUCUUCGGUUUCUUGUCAUACAUUUAGAUUGUAUCAUAACAGUUCAUCUGUCCUUUACACAUUACCACAGAAUUGUGAUAUCAUACAUGUAAACAGUUCUAUUUUGUUUUUUGUCCUUUUAUGAAUUAUGAAUGAAUUUAUGAAUUUUGAAGGGAAGAGGUUUAGGUGGUUAAUACUAGUUUUCGUUUUCACUUUCCUUGUCACUUUUGUAUGCUCACUUUUUCUUCAUUUUGUAUUAAUUUGCUCUAUUAUAUUCAUUUCCAUGCUGUUGUAUUUACUGUUUGCUGUUUUCAUUUAGUUUUAUGAAGUAUUGUUUAAAUUCUUAACUCGGUUACAUUGCAAAGUCAUAUUUAAUUUUCUUAGACUGGUGCUGUUAUAAGCUUUGAAAGAAAUUGCUAUACAAUACAGUAUUUAUUGCUCUAUUUUCUUUGAAAAUUGUACUUGAUAUGAUAAAUAGUAAAUAAAAAAAAGGGGAUCGAUGCUUAAAACAUGGAAUUAACUGCAGAUUACUUUUUGAGUAAAUCAAAAUUUCAUAAAAAAACAUACCAAAAAAGAUUUAAAAGAUAUGACAUUUAUUAAUAUAUAACUUAUUUAACUAAUGCUGUGUUGUGAACAAUAUUGGGUAUAUACCAUAUUGGUCAAUCAAUCUACCUACGAGUCAAGUUAUUGCCUUUGUCACAGCUAUGAUUUUGUAUGUUAUAUGAAUUAAUGGAAGGGCAUAUCCAGACAAGAGGGCCUAAUUGGCAGGUAUGCAUGAGAAGUCGCAUCAGAGGUGGGCAAACUACUUGCAAACCUGUGGUUUAGCUAGUAAUUGCCCGCCAAUGAUAUCACAUCUUGGGCAUGAAUGCUGAUCAGGUCCACUUACCUGAACAUGUAUGAAGGACCCAUUCACAUAACAGGCAGUGCUUGCCCAGGCAAAACCAUUACCAAAUCCUAAUGGGUGGCAGGAAUGAGUACUGAUGUCAUAAGUGAGAAACUCAUGGACUUGGAUCUGGAAACAAAAAUGCUACCUGACCUAGUGAAUAAUUUGCACUCAGAUAUAAGGCACUCUUGUGUGUGCCUAAUGGCAGACAGACAAUCAAGUUUGGGACUUGGUGUAAGGCAUUUCAUGUUAAACAGUGGGCAUGGCCAUUUGUAUGGCUUGCCUGUGGUUCUCCGCUUAUCCAGUCUUGGAUUGAGAUCUAGGAGCCAUUGAGAUUUGGUAACAAGGUUUGCCCAUAUGGGCACUACCCUGUUAUGUGACGGGCCUUAAAAGUUGCUUUCUGCACAAUGAAAAAGUCAUUCUCUUGUCAACAAAUCCAAGGAAGUACAGACGUGAAACAUUUACACAGAUACAUUUCAAGGAUUCAAGAUAAAUUUGUGAUCUAUAAAAGAGCAUUUCCUUUCACUCUUGAUAACUUCCAUCUACACUGAAUCUACUACCAUUUCCCCUUAGCAAAACUGUUUGAUAUUAAUUUCACAAUCUCAUGUAUUUGUCAUUACAGUCAUGGUCAUCCUACUGAACUUACAGCAGGCUAAAGAAUUGGCCUGUUGGAGUACAUUUGUCAAUAUUACAUAAUCAUUCACAUUUUUGCAUGUGUAUAUAUUAUACUGUAACUGUUUACGCUUUCCUUGUGAAUAAAAAGAAUAUAAAUUUA